GCAGCCCUGAAUAUCCACCAGUCACAGCAGUGACCUCGGAGGAGAUGGCUGGAGGAGGCAUGCUCCCCUCCCUGCCCACACUGACUGUACUUGUUCCCCUCCUGUCCCUAGCAGGCUUGUUCUACUCAGCCAGCGUUGAUGAAACCUUCCCACAGGGCUGCACCAGUACAAAUAGUUUAUGUUUCUACAGCCUCCUCCUUCCAAUUACAAUACCCGUUUAUGUAUUCUUCCACCUGUGGACCUGGAUGGGAAUUAAGCUUUUUCGGCACAACUAGUGUGAUGCAUUCGCUAAUCUUUGGCCUUGUCUAAAGCGACACAAUUUAUUUAAUCUAAUCGGGUGUUGCAGUUGACUUUUGUGUUCCCUUCUGGCACUAGUGACUGUCAUUUCCCUGGUAGUAUCAGGAACUGUAUGAAGUCAUCUGCAGCAGCCUAUUACUUAAUUACUGUUAAGGCAGAUUAAGAGGAGGAGUAACAAGAAGCACGUAUUCCUUCUAGCAUAUCCCUCCAAGAGUGUUGUGUGUUUGUAGUGGCACUAAUGAAAAUGUAAGGGGGCUGUUCUUAUGAGGAAGAACUGUACCCUGACUGAAAUAACUGAUCUUAAAUAACAAGCAAUGACAAAUCAGCAAUAUGAAUUUCUCUUUGAAUUACAGCCUUUGGUUUUUGUUUUGAACUGAUACGUGUAUUGAAAUGUAUUUGUCUCACUGUCAGAAGAACAUCAAAUAAAUAAUAAGGAUAUCAAAUUAAUAAUAAAGGUUGAGUU